AUGGCCAUGAAAAGAGUUUUUGAGUGUUUCAUCUGUGGGGUUCGUUAUGAGAUGAAGAUGAUGAAUGAGAAGAAUGUUGAGAGUUUCUCCUGGAAGGAGAUGGGUGGUGUGGGUGCAAGUGAUGUUGCCAAGCUUUUGCAACCAACCAAGCCGUCUUUGGUUGAAGAAGUGGAGGAAGGGAAGCUUAGAGUCUUCGAUGGGAAGUACAAGCAUGAUUUUGUGAUGGAAAAGUGGAGAUACAAGUACAUUAGGGAUUUGAACCUCUUUGUGUAUGAAUUUUCUUGGGGGUGUUUUCAAAAGAUGGAAGAAGAUGUUGCCAAGUUUGAUUGGAAGAAGAUGGGAGACGUGGGUGCUCAAGAGGUUGCAAAGGAGGACAGAGUCGUGGUUUGGAACCCGUACUUGGGACAAACCAAAUGGAUCGAACCCAUCAAGUCUUACCAAAUAUCCGACAUCACGUAUGCUCUCGGAUACGUGGACGACAAGAAGAAGCGUAACCACAAGAUCUUGAGGUUUUUUAACCAUUUCCAGUUCGUGAAAAACGUUUACGGGUACGAGAUCUUCGAUGUUGAAUCCAACUCAUGGAAGGUUCUUGAUAUCAGACGUUCCUAUUGGAAUAUUAGGUUUCAUCCACAUGGUGUGCCAGUGAAGGGAAAUGCUUACUUUCUUGCUAAAGGAGGAGAAGUCUAUCUAGUGUGUUUUGAUUUUGCAAGAGAGAGAUUUGGACCAUUUCAUCCCCUGCCGUUUCACUCUCAUCCUUUACAUUCUGUGACUCUAUCCUGCGUUAGAGAAGAGCAGCUUGCCGUGUUGUUUCAACCCUUGAAGCUGCCUGUGAUAGAGAUAUGGGUGACAGCUAAGAUUGAUGAGCCCAAUCCGAUGCAGUGGAAGAAGUUCUUGAAAGUUGAUAUAUCUGGAUUUAGAUUACAUUACUUUGGAUGUUUCUUCAUUGACCAAGAGAAGAAAGUCGCUGUGGAUUUUGAACGCAGCAUAGCUCAUAUCAUAGGAGACAAGGGAUUCUUGAGAAAAGUGGAUAUCGGAGAUGCUGCGAACCUUGAAGUUGUGCGUUAUUGUCGCUCUCUUGUGUGCUCUUAUGUUCCAAGUUUGGUGCAAAUCAAGCAAGGCCGAGAUUAG